UGUAUUUGUUUUGUGUUUUGCCGUAGGAUAGGUAGGAUGCAUACCUGCAGCACAUUGGUCGGUCUGUUUAUGACUGUGUUGUUGUUGGAUUUUCCUCCAAGUAUUGAUGCAGAAAUAAGCUAUCAAAUAAAUUCCACGGACAACAAACCAGACUGUUUUAAGAGUGGGAUCAAUAUAACAUGUUUCAAAGAAUUUCUGCAACCGGCAACAGAGACGCUGAACGAUACAAGUUCCUCGAAUUUCUUAUCGGCAUUAUGGAGAAAAAUCAAUAGUGAGGCUGAAACAGCUGGUAAAUCUCGACACAAAAGGCAGGCGGGUGGUGUACCAGUUAGACGGGAAAUAAGAGCAGCUCCAUACGAAAACAACUUUCUACGUUACGCACUAGCUGUACGGAUGUUAAAGAACCAUUAUGGAGUUCGUCGGGAUAUGAAUACCUAUGACAUCCUUGCAAGCAUCCACACAGGUAGUAAUCGAGAACAUCGAGGGUCAGCUUUCUUCUCAUGGCACAGAAUUUACCUGUUGUUGUAUGAAGCUGCAUUGCAAGCUGUUUAUGGACCAGGAGUAACUACUCCGUAUUGGGACUCCUCGUUAGAUCAAGCGAUGGGAAAUAGACAAUCAAGAACCAUUUUAUUUUCAAAUAGAUAUUUUGGUACACCGCUAGGUCGAGUAACCGAAGGUUUUUUUGCAAAUUUACCUGGUCCAAGAAUUACACGCGCAAUAAACGGACCAGGAGGAUUAAUUUCCAAAAAUGCAAUUGCGGCCGUGCUAUCAAGAAGAAGUCAUAGUGAGAUUGUACGACGAGAACAAAGCAGAUAUUUUUGGGAAGGAUAUCACAACAUGGUACACCGUUGGGUAGAUGGAACCAUGGCAAGCGGGACCAUUGCUGCUUUCGAUCCAAUAUUCUGGUGUCAUCAUGCAUUUGUUGACUAUAUUUGGGAAUUAUUUAGAAGACGUAUUACAAAUGCCCCUGCAGAUUAUCCAUUAGGUUUUCCAACUCAUCCUCCAAAUGGUGAAAUGCGAUUUAACAAUUACAGAUAUCGACCAAACCCACCAAUUACUAAUAGAGAAGGUUACAGUAACAGAUAUGCCCGUCUUCGACGAUAUGAUCCUGCGCCAUCAUGCCAAAAUCUGUGUUCAAAUAGUCCAGACUUGAUCUGUAACCAAAGUAGAGGUAUAUGUAUCUCUAGAGAGGCAUCGCCUGGAGGAUCGGCUGCAAUGGGUGCAGCUAGUGGCUCUGCGUUUGUGGCUUCUGAUGCGGCUAGUGGAUCUGCGUUUGCGGCUCCAGGUGUGGCUCUAGCUCCAGUUGAUAUUGCUGCUGGAAUGGCUGAUCUGACAACAACAGUGGUAUACCUACAGAAUAUCCGACAAGAUUUAUUUCAAGAUAUUCCCAAUGGUACCUCUCUUAAUUUGUUUAUUGCAGAUCAAUUCGACCGUUACACGCGUCAAUUAUCUGUUUUUAGUGUAUAAUAAAUGUGUCCUGUUUAAUGCUUACACCGCAAGUAAAAUAUCAGACAUACGUCUAAAUUGA